AUGAUCCUCAACGCCUCUGACCUGGGCUGGGAUGAGUCCUCAGGUGCUGACCCCUUCCUCCCCCUGGACCAGCUGGAUGGCCCGUCUUCGUACGAGGUCCCGCCCCUCACGGUGUGGGGCGUGGCCCUGUGUGUUUCCGGAACUCUCAUCGCCACCGAGAACGCCAUCGUGGUCACCACCAUCCUGGCCACGCCUUCCCUGCGCGCCCCCGUGUUCCUGCUGCUGAUCAGCCUGGGGCUGGCAGACCUCCUGGCGGGGGUCGCCCUGGUCCUCCAGUUCCUCUUCGUCUUCUGUGUGGAGCCCAGUGAUUGGUCAGAGCUGCUGACCUCGGGCCUGCUGGUGACGUCGCUGACCGCCUCGCUCUGCAGCCUGAUGGGCGUGGCCCUGGACCGCUACCUGUCUCUGAGCCACGCCCUCACCUACGGAUCGGGACAGUCCCGCCGCCGGGCCGCGGGCCUGCUGCUGCUGGUGUGGCUGGGGGCGUGCGUGAUCGGGGCGGGGCCUGCGAUGGGCUGGCACUGCCUCGGGGAGCCGGACUCCUGCUCCGUGGCGCGACCCCUGACCCGGACAUACCUGUCGCUGCUGUGUGGGGGCUUCCUGGUGGUUGUCAUGGUCACCCUGCAGCUGUACGCCGGGAUCUGCCGCGUGGCACGGCGGCACGCCCACGCCAUCGCCACCCAGAGGCACUUCCAGACAGCCAACCACUCCUAUGCAAGCCAUCACAGCAGUGGGCGGGGCUUCUCCCGGCUGAUCCUGGUGCUCAGUGUGUUUGUGGGCUGCUGGAUGCCUUUCUCCCUGUGGGGGCUGCUGGGAGACGCCUCCAGCUCCCCUCUGUACACCUACGCCACCUUGGUGCCAGCAGCCGGCAGCUCCCUGCUGAACCCCAUCCUCUACAGUCUGAGGAACAAAGACAUCCGCAAGGUGCUGCUUCAGGCCUGCUGCCCCCACAGAUGCCAGCACAACAACGCACAGAUACACUACCCAGUGGAUGUGUAG